GAUCGGAUUUCGUCCACGUCGACAACGACCGAAUAUACCGGACAUUCUAGCUCGUCUAUCAACAUGCGAUCGGCAGUCGUGCUCCUAACCUCCCUCCUCUGCUCCUCCGUCUCUGCGACACUCUACUUCAAUGCCACGCUCUCCGGCACCAGCCUGACAGUAAACAGCUGGGACGACACGAACAACGACGGCAAGCAACAACCACAAGACAUCAUCUGCAGCGGUAAAGACCUCCAGCCCGUCUCCUCAUACCAAUGGAUGGUCAAAUGCACAGGCGGACCAGACAAGCGCAAGUCAGACACAGUUUUCGACGUUUUCCUGGAGCCAAAUACGAAGAGGUUCUUGGAUGUCAUAUACCGAUAUUCCAACCCUGAUGCCUCCGCGCUGAAUGUUGGAGACAAUGCGGACCAGUUCUUGUUCAAUUUCCGGGUUGGAAGCGUUGAUGGGAAGUUCUUCAAGAGUCGGGAGUUUGCUGCUCAGCAGGACAUCUUGCAUUUGGUGAAGCCGGAAGCGUUGAAGAAUCCUUGCGAUUCUUUGGACUCGUGCUGAAGGAGGCCUCGAGAUUUGUCAUGUCUAAGGUAACGGUACUGUAUGUAUAUGCACGGAGAGAUUCGAAGAAUCGAGCCAAAAAAGUUGCCUGAUUUUUCGCCC